AUGGCAUGGAUACCAGCUCUGGCAGUUGGCAUCAGUGUCAUUUCUCUUAGCGCGAGACAAGGAGAACAGUGGGGUGGUGAGAAAAACGCACGAGCUGUUCACCUGCUAAACCACGCCAGAAAAAAAGUUCAAAAAUGGAAAUAUGAAAACUGUCUGACACCAUCAUUAUACAGUGAGAGCACAAUGCUGACUCUACCGUUUGAGGCUCCUGUCAUAAAGGACACUCAGUUUGGGGCAAACUUUCCACGGGAUUGCGUGGGUGAAGUGAAGGUCAAUAAACAAGAGCCGUUUAAAAACGAGACGAUGGACGACGAGGAUUCGGAGAAGGAUGAGGAUGAGGAUGAAAGGGAGGACGGGCAGGACGAGAACGGGUUGCAUCGGAGGAGAGGGCCUCGGAAAAAGAAAAUGACCAAAGCUCGUGUCGAAAGGGUGAAGCUGAGGCGCAUGGAGGCCAACGCGCGGGAGAGGAACCGAAUGCACGGACUGAACAACGCCCUGGACAGCCUGCGCAAGGUGGUUCCCUGCUACUCCAAAACGCAGAAACUGUCGAAAAUCGAGACUCUGCGGCUCGCCAAGAACUACAUCUGGGCGCUCUCUGAGAUCCUGAGCACCGGGAAGAGGCCUGACUUCUUGACCUUCGUGCAGACCCUGUGCAAGGGGCUCUCCCAGCCCACCACCAACUUAGUAGCCGGAUGUCUCCAGCUGAACGCGAGGAACUUCAUCACGGAUCAGAUCAACGGCGAGGCGUCUUUCUCUGGCAGGUCACCGUACGACUCAGUGUACACGACCUACCACAGCCCCGGUGUGGUGACGCCCUCUGGACACGGUAGUGGCGCUGUGGAUGCCGUCAAACCCUUCAGGCCGUACAACUACUGCAACACAUACGAGCCUUUCUACGAAAGCGUCUCGCCAGAAUGCGGUAGCCCUCAAUUCGAAGGCCCACUGAGUCCUCCUAUUAACUUUAACGGGAUAUUUUCCCUUAAGCACGAGGACCCGAUUGAUUAUGGCAAAAGCUGCCACUAUGGCACGCGUUAUUGCGCGGUGCCGCAGCGCACCACCAUCAGCCAGAGCGCAAGAGGCACCUCGGAUCUCCAUUUCCCCUAUGACAUUCACCUCCGCGGCCAGUUUUAUCCGGUGCCAGAUGAAUUAAAUACUAAUUUUCAUAAUUAAUGAGAGUAAUGACUGAAAAUGCAGGACUUUCAAAUCGCACAUGUAUUAUUUAUAUAACAGCCCCUCUCUCUGGGUAGGGCCGUCUGAUGUUUUAUUAUUUAUCCUUUUUAAUUACAUGGAAAAUGUGCUUACAGAAAACACAGUGUUCCUAACUGAAUUGUUUUUAUUGGUUUUAAACUAUCCGACAAAAUGUGUGGUUUGUUAUGGAAUAUACAUCAAUAAUAACAAUGCGUUUCCGGGUGAUGAUAUAGCCUAUAAGUUUGAACUUUGUUUUCGGUCAAAUUUAAUGUAGGUAUGAUAUUCAUUUACAUGCCUACAUCUGUCUGUACAGAAGCAGACCAAAAUUUAUUUAAGAUAUCAAUCAUAUAUUUGCGAUGAGAAUUCAGUCAAAACAGAAAGCAAUAACUGCUUAGGGUGCUAUGCAAUACACAUCGUCCCUUCAUCAUAGUCUAUAAUUCUCGAUUUGGCCCGCUAAUUUAUUCACACAAUGUUCGCACAAAGUUUCUAAAAUAUU